AUGGAAGACAGAAGUCAGCUUAUGGAAGUCAAUAAAGUUGUAUUAGUCAAUGAAGCAGACUUAGGUGAUGAUGCAACUACUCAUUCCAUUACCCUUGGAGCUGCUGGCAAUGGAAAUUCACAAGACCAACCAGUAACUGUAGAUACUCCUCCUUCCGAUCCCCCAACUGUAAGCACUACUGGUCCUACUGAUUCUCACACUGUGGGUAGUGUUCCUACUCCUGGUGAUGUUAGUACUAGUACUAGUGUAUUUGAGAAGAAACAGAGGCAAAAAACUUCUAAAGUUUGGGAUGACUUCUCUCAAGUUGAAGUUUUAGGUGUAAAAAAAUCUCAGUGUAAUUGGUGUAAAAGGCUGUUUGCUGUUUCCAAAUCUAGUUCUACCUCAACACUUGGUAGGCAUUUGGUAGCUUGUGUGAAGUAUGUGGAGUCCAACAAUAAGAAGCAAAAGAUUCUGACCCAUGAUCGUGAUUCAGAUUGGUUCCUCCAAAAGAGAAUUUUGAACUUUUUUAAUGUACCUCCUCCUCAUAGUGGUGUUGUUAUUGCUGAUGCCCUUAGGAAGUGUUUCAUAGAAUGGGGCAUUGAGGAUAAGGUAUUAACAAUAACAGUUGAUAAUGCAAGAGCAAAUGAUUCUGCCAUUAGAAUCAUUAAAGAUGAUUUUGAGUUGAGGAAUGAGCUGGAUGUUAGGGGUCGGUUAUUCCAUGUACGAUGUUGUGCGCAUGUGACAAAUUUGUUGGUGCAAGCAGGACUUGCUGAAAUUGGAGACAUUGUUGAUUCUGUUAGGCAAGGAAUAAAGUAUGUGGUUGCUUCAGAGGGAAGGUUGAAAGUGUUUAGUGAAAUAGCUCAACGUUUGCAUUUGCCAUCUAAGAAACUGAUUCUAGAUGUCCCUACACGUUGGAACAGCACCUACUUGAUGCUGGCUACUGCAGUAGGGUUCAAAGAAGUGUUCCCAAGAUAUCACCAAGUUGAUCAAGCAUUUCAGUGGGUUGUGAGUUCGGAACAGUGGGAAAAGGUUGAGAAUGUAAACCAAGUUUUGUCGGUUUUUAAUGAAGUUACAAACAUGGUAUCAGGAAGUGAUUAUCCUACCUCAAAUCUGUUUCUACCUGAGGUAUGGAGAAUGAAGGAAAUUCUGCAAUUGAAAUGUGUUGAUAGGCAUGACUACAUUAGAUCAAUGGCAGAAAAAAUGUUUCAGAAAUUUGAGAAGUAUUGGGGGGAAUGCAAUUUGUUGAUGUCCAUAGCUGCUGUCUUGGAUCCAAGAUAUAAGAUGAAGUUGAUCAAUUUCUGUUUUCCUCUUAUUUACCCUGAGUCCGAGUAUCCACAGCACAUACAGAAUGUGCUGGCCGUUCUGCAUGAGUUAUUUGAAGUGUAUGUCACUGCCCAUAAUUAUUCUAUUUUGAAACUAAGUGCUACUGAGCAGGCUACAGUAUUUUCAUGUGUUCCUACCCCACAUGUUCCUAAAGUGUCCACAACUCGAUCAAGGUAUCGGGAUCAUGUUAGAACUACAGAUAUCAUUCGGCCCAUUAAAUCAGAUUUGGAUAUCUAUCUUGAAGAGGAUGUGUACAUAGGCGAUAAGGAUGACAGUGGUGAAGAUAUUGAUAACAAAUUCGAGGCUUUGGCAUAG